AUGGAACUCGUAUUUGUGUUCGCGACCGUUGCCACAGUGUUUGUGUCUUUCGUUGAUGGAGCUGGAUAUCUGCAGAUACGACCUCCCUCAGCAAAUCAAUGUUGCUACGAAGACAUAAAUAAGGCUCACUUCAGCUAUGAAAGGGAUUUCUGUGAAGGACCAAAGGAUUGGUGUAAAGUUCACCCAUGCUGGAGUACAUGUGGCUCACAGAAGAGACAAUCGCCUAUUAACAUAGAUACAAAAGAGACUCGUUAUAAAAGUUAUUCAAGGCUGAAGUUUGAUAAUCUCAACACAAGAGUUCUUGCGAAUAUCAAAAACAAUGGUCAUGCUCCGGAUUUUGAUGUUGACGAAGAAUUUGACGACGAGAUAACUCUAUGUAAUGUUCCUGGAAGACCAAAAGACAAAGAGUAUAAUUUUGCUCAGUUGCAUGUUCACCUUGGACGAGACGAAAAUAAAGGAUCUGAACAUGCUAUUGACAAUACAUUCAAACCGAUGGAGGCUCAUAUGGUAUUUUACGACAGCGACUAUGACGGUGUUGGGAAAGCUAAACCAAAGAGAAAUGGACUGGUGGUGUUAAGUGUUAUGAUAGAGGUAUACGGAAAACCCCACGAAAACAAUGAAUGCAGGGUUGCUGGAACAUGUAAAGUCAGAUUUGCAAAUAAGCUUAGUAAACUGAUGGAAAAAUAUUAUGAGAAAGUGCGACACUAUCCUAUGGAGUCGUUUAAUCCUGAUUUCUUCAACAUCCUUGGGGUUCAACGUAGUAACAGUUGUACGAACAAUAAAUGUGGUCGGACGCCAAGUCCAGACUUCAUAGAAGAGAGAUGCGAAAAAAAAGAGCAAAACGACAGAUCAGUUACAGUUACAGAAGGUAUUACUCCUCUAGAUGUCCUUCCGUAUGACAGAGAUCGAUUCUACACAUAUGCAGGGUCUCUCACUACACCUCCAUGUUAUGAAACUGUACAAUGGGUUGUUUAUAAAUGCCCAAUUAAAGUUUCUAGCAAGGCUUUUAAAAUGUUACAGUUGGUGGAAGAUUCACAUUUUCUUCCUCUUUCAAGAUUUGGUGUACGAAGACCUUUACAGAAAAAUAAGAAAGUGGUUGUCUACAGUAAUUUCAAGAAAUGA